GCGGCUUGCAAUAUGAAAGACAAAAGAGGCUGGCACAAAAUGACAGGAGUAGAAUGGGAAUAAAGUUUUGUCCUCUAACCAGAUCAGCGCUUCUCCUGUGCAAGCUCUGCUGGCCCGGCCCCCAAUCCUCCUCCCCUCCCAUCUCCUCUCAUCCCCUCCCUCUCUGGCAUUCUAGCGCUCUCUCCUCCCCCCUCUGUGAGCGUCAUGCCGAAGCAGUUGGUUCACUCCACCGUGUCUGGGUCUCAGGGAGAGCUGUGAGAGGUUGUUAUUUAGGUCUGUUACAGCAGACAGGGAGCAGCACACCCAAAGGCAGGGGGAGACGACAGAGUCACGGUCAGCACAGCUUAGCUCAGCCCAGCUCCACUCAGGCAGGCAGGGACCAGAUCUGCAUUCCUGCUGAGAGGGAAAGAGUAAAACUCGGGCAAUAGAGUGACAGCCCGAGAUAAGCUUGGAGAAGGAAGGCGGCAUUUACAGGCGGCGAGGUGUUGCUGCAGUUUGUUGCAGCCUCUGACGUGAGCAGCAGGGGAGAGCAGGGCAGCCAAGACUGAGGGCUUGUACAAAGAUUUUUCCAGAGGGGUGGGGGGGGGGUACCAUGUUCGACUGCAUGGAGGCGUUGGGAAUGGGCCCCCGUCAGCUCUAUGAUGUCACCAGCCGUGGUGCAUGCAUGCUGCGGAAGGCAAGCCCCUUCUUCGCAGGGCUGGACCCCUUCGCUUGGACGGGCACUGCCAGCAUUCAGUCGGUGGAGACCCAGAGCACCAGCUCGGAAGAGAUGGUGCCCAGUUCUCCAUCUCCACCUCCCCCACCUCGGGUCUACAAGCCCUGCUUUGUGUGCCAGGACAAGUCCUCAGGGUAUCACUAUGGGGUCAGUUCCUGCGAGGGCUGCAAGGGUUUCUUCCGUCGCAGUAUCCAGAAGAACAUGGUGUACACCUGCCACCGAGACAAGAACUGUCAGAUUAACAAGGUCACGCGCAACCGCUGCCAGUACUGCAGGCUGCAGAAGUGCUUUGAGGUUGGCAUGUCCAAGGAAGCGGUACGCAACGACAGAAACAAAAAGAAGAAGGAUGUGAAAGAGGAGGUGGUGCUUCCAGAGAGCUAUGAGCUAAGUGGAGAACUGGAGGAGCUGGUCAAUAAAGUCAGCAAAGCUCACCAGGAGACCUUCCCUUCACUUUGCCAGCUGGGCAAAUACACCACAAACUCCAGCUCCGACCACCGUGUCCAGCUUGAUCUGGGCCUAUGGGACAAAUUCAGUGAGCUCUCUACCAAAUGCAUCAUCAAGAUAGUGGAAUUUGCCAAGCGGCUGCCGGGUUUCACCACCCUCACCAUUGCUGACCAGAUCACACUUCUUAAGUCUGCCUGCCUGGACAUUCUGAUGCUUAGGAUCUGCACGCGAUACACUCCAGAACAGGACACAAUGACCUUCUCAGAUGGCUUAACUCUGAACCGGACACAGAUGCACAACGCUGGUUUUGGACCCCUAACAGACUUGGUGUUUGCCUUUGCCGGCCAGCUUUUACCCCUGGAGAUGGAUGACACCGAAACUGGUCUCCUCAGCGCCAUCUGCCUCAUCUGUGGAGAUCGUAUGGAUCUAGAGGAGCCCCAGAAAGUGGAUAAGCUGCAAGAGCCUCUGCUGGAGGCUUUAAAGAUUUAUGCCCGUCGUCGCCGCCCCAACAAGCCCCACAUGUUCCCCCGCAUGCUCAUGAAGAUCACGGACCUCAGAGGCAUCAGCACCAAAGGUGCGGAGAGAGCCAUCACUCUGAAGAUGGAAAUCCCAGGCCCGAUGCCUCCCCUGAUCAGGGAGAUGCUUGAGAACCCGGAAGCCUUCGAAGACCAAACGGAGCGCAACGACAGCCCGCCACCCCUUCCGCCCCUGCAGCCACCUCCCGCCCCCGCCCUCGUGCUGAAGCAAGAGGCGGAAGACGAGGACGACAGCUGGGUCACAGAGAACGGCAGCGAGCCGUCGCCCGAGGAGGAGGAAGAGGACGAUGACGACGAUGAUGCGGGCGAUGAAGAGCGAGACAGGGGCUCGGACAGUGACGGGGAGCCGUGGGGGGUUCUGGAUGCCAUUGACAGUGCCAGGAAAGGCCUUGUUGGGAGGGCUCAGUGAGCAGCCCAUUUCAUACACAUGCACUGAUUGAUGACACACACGUGUAGAUAACCUCACUCCAUCUCCCACCUCAAUAAAAAGCUGGCCUUCUCACCCACCUGCGCUCCCCUCCCACCUUUAUCUCAGUAGUGGAGCCUUAUGAGUUCACAACCAUUAAACUGUGGCCCACAUGCUCUAUGACAAGUGAACUCCAGAUAGAUAAAGCUAAGGAGAGACGACAGUAAAAAAACACACAAACUCCUGGCAAGGCCGAGGGGGAUGUUAACGUGACAAAAAAAGUGACCCCCCUCAUGUCUCUUUGUCUUCACUCUUGUUUUUCUUAACUGGACAGGACAAAGCAGAACCAUCACAACUUAGUAGUCGGGUUCUGAUUAAUCACAAAAAGCACAUUUCUUAAAAGCAAAACAUGAGUACAAGGCAAAACCAAAUCACAUUAUGUUAAUCUUUGUUUUUGUGGUUAUUGCUGUUGACUUGUUUUCCUUCCUUUCUCAAUGUAUAUAUAUGUAUGUAUAUAUACAUGUAUACAUAUAUAUAUGUAUCAUUAUAGUUAUGUCUCUAUUUGUUAUAUAUGACUCCUUGUUUAUUUUGAAGAGCUUUCCUGAGAGGAUAUUCAGAGGGAAAGCAGAAUGCAAGCUGGGUCUUCCGUAACAGUUGAAAGUGCUUUGCCUGGGCUUUUUAAAAAUUUUUUUUUUGGAAGAGCGGCACUCACUGUGGACGUCAGUUAUAAUCAAACCUUGAGGACUGUUGCAGUGAAUAAUCAUGUCUCUCUUAUCAGGGAAUUGGCUUCGUUCUCUUUGAAUUCAACCUUGUGCCAAAGUUAGGAAAAGUUUGACUACUGGCAGGUACUCCAGCCAUCAUCCAUAAACAUACAUGCACACACACACACACACACACACACACAAACACACACACACACACACACACACACUCCUCCUUCAGCUGUAGCAGAUUUACACUUGAUCGUACAUGUAGCACUUUUGUACAAGGAAAACACAUUGGCAUGUUCAACCGGCAAUACAAUCAAGCUUGUAGCGUUUUCAGAUGAUGUCAAAACACAUCACACACACAAAAUCUGCAGCAAUCAAGUAUGCAAGUGGAAAGCAGGAAAUUCUUACGGAAGAUAUUUUGGACUAAGACUCAGGGCUUUUUCGGUGAGGACCAAACACUAGCUGCUUGCAGGCAUGCUAGAAAACAGGCAAUAUUUAUGUGUGUAUUCUUCUUGACCCCUGUUUUAAUUAGCUCAACCCCUCUGCGUGUACAUAGAAGGUGACAUAGAAAUGGGAGCGAGUGGCAUGGAUGCCAGCGUGACUUUAUCCCAGAUUGGGGUGCAUGGCGGUGUCAUCCUAUCAGGCUGGCAUUCGUGCUGCAUUCUCAGCCUCAGAAGCCAUCAUUAUAGCCUCAUUUCCUCUUGUGUAUAUCCUCACCUCUCUUAAAUGUGUAGGAAUAUGUGUUCUUAUGUAUCAUUUCUAUAUUUCUAUGUUGCCAAAAUGUCUCAUUUGGCAACCAGCGGUGGGGGGAAAAGCAGCUGAUAUAGAGAAUUUUUCAUUUUCCUCUUCUCUUUCAAGCAAUAUGAACAUUCUGUAGCGACGAGAGGGCCCAUAACGUUAAUGUGGGCAGGUCUCCUCAUUUUCAUUUGGGUGAAUGUGCGCGUGUGCAUGCACAGUUUGCUGUUAUUCAUAUCUUGGCCACAUUUUAGGUGCAUUUUUAUUUGGUGAAUGUGUAUCUUUUAGCUGGAAAAAAACACAAAGUGCCAAAUUAUUGCAGUGUUCAAAGAUAUUCUAGCUAAAUAACAAAUAAAUUUCACUUUCACUUUUCACAUAGAAUGUGGCCCCGGUGUAUGAAUAAUUUUGGACUCAACUUGUGUGUGAGUGUGAGUUUUUCAGCCAUAGGAUGAAUGUCCGCUGUUACGGUGCUGUCACACACUAAAGUGUCAUUGUGUGAUGACUCUCUCUGCUGGGCUGUUACCAUGUUAAUGUAAUGUAUCUGAUGCAGGCAGAACAUGAUGAGAUGAUCAUUCUAGUUUUUCAACAUGGCCAAUGUGUUGUGUACCCAUUGUUUAUGUCAACUCUUGUUAUACAAAGAAAAGCCAUAUAAACAGUAAGAGGCACAAUAAACUACUUUUGUGAGAUUCAUGGACA